GGGUUGUACUUAGGAUACCGGCUGGGGAUAGGGAAGGGAGAACGGAAAAAGCCAGGGAAGGGGAGCUGAGUCCUAUUGAAAAAAGUGGAGUGGCCAACGUUUGGUCCUAAAGGGUUGUAGGAGUUGUCUCACUCGCUGUGAGAGCUGACAGUCCUCUACGGAGUGGAUCUCUUGCAGAUGGCUCCUGGGUUUUGGCGAACAAUAAAGCCCGGCUGGGUCUAGCUCUGGCCUGAGUGUGCACAUUCCAUCUUUACGAGUCAGAGAUGCACGUUUGCGGUACACCGCAAUUAGAUAUGACUGACGGAGGCCGGGAUCUGGUAUACCUGGUGACAGGGGGCUGCGGCUUCUUAGGGGAACAUGUGGUUAGGCUCUUGCUGGAGCAGGAACCCCGACUCAGAGAGCUUCGAGUGUUUGACCUUCACCUGGGGUCCUGGCUGGAGGCACUAAACUCGGGGCCCGUGCAGGUGACCCCCAUCCAGGGGGAUGUGACUCGCUCUGAGGAUGUGGUGGCAGCUGUAGCUGGAGCCGAUGUAGUCCUUCAUAUAGCGGGGCUGGUGGACGUGUGGGGCCUCGUGGACCCCGAGGUCAUCUACAGGGUUAAUGUGAAGGGGACUCAGAAUGUGAUUGAAGCCUGUGUGCAGACUGGAACUCGGUUCCUGGUGUACACUAGCAGCAUGGAGGCCGUGGGACCCAACAGCAAGGGACACCCAUUCUACCGGGGCAAUGAGGACACCCACUAUGAGGUAGUACACACACAGCCCUAUCCUCGAAGCAAGGCCCAGGCAGAGAGGCUGGUCAUUGAGGCCAAUGGAAGAAAGGUCCGAGGUGGGCUUCCCUUGGUGACAUGCUCUCUUCGUCCCACCGGAAUCUACGGUGAAGGCCACCAACUCAUGCUUGAUUUUUACCGUGGGGCCCAGCGCACUGGUGGGUGGCUUUUCAGGGCCAUCCCUCCCUCUGUGGAACAUGGCAGAGUCUAUGCAGGCAACGUUGCAUGGAUGCACGUGCUGGCAGCUAGGGAGUUGGGCUCCAGAGCCACCACCAUGGGUGGUCAAGUCUACUUCUGCUAUGACAACUCCCCUUACAAGAGCUACGAGGACUUCAACAUGGAGAUCCUGGGCCCCUGUGGCAUUCGCAUCCUGGGAACGCGGCCCCUUCUGCCCUACUUCCUCUUGUUUCUUCUGGCCACCCUCAAUGCUUUCUUGCAGUGGCUCCUCCGGCCCUUGGUGGUCUAUACACCUUUAUUCAACCCCUACACUCUGGCCUUGUCAACUACCACGUUCACUGUGCAGACAGACAAAGCCCAGAAGCAUUUUGGCUAUCAGCCUAUCUAUGAUUGGGAGGACUGUAGGGACCGCACUGUUUCCUGGAUAAAAUCCAGAAAGAGGUGCCCUGCUCCCCUUCCCCAUGGCCAGGAGCCAAAGGUAGGAGAUCCUGGGCUCUAGACUCUAUCCUCCCAUCCCCCGGCCAGGAGCUGUUCCCAUUGGGUGAUCCAGUACCAAUUAAGGUUACCCUGAAUUCCCACGCAUGCCCCUAUCCAGGCCCAAGCCAAGGCAAGUUUCAAAAUUUGGGACCAUUUUCUCAAACUCUGCUGAGGGAAAGUUCACACCUGCUCCCAGGGGCCAGAGCUGGGAGAGGGUAGAUGCUAAAUGCCAUUCCCCGGCUCCCAUCCAUCUAGAGGAUACCCAGCCCUCUCCACUGUGCCUGGGGGUUCUAGACCUCGCCUUGGGUUCUAGAACCCUUUCAGUGACUCCAGUCAGUGGCCCAACCCCUUCUGCACAGGAACAGCAGUUCCUGGGUUCCCCAGAGCACCCCUGGUCCCUGGACCUGAAACUCCAGCGUCCCUGACACAUUCUAUUAAGCUCCUGGCGCUUUGUUCCCCCAUCAGGACUCCCCACCAAACCGGCUCCUCUUUGCCAUCUUUGCCAUCAAGUAAAGAUUUUGAAAUUAAACAUAUUUAUCCUUC